UUUAGAAGUCACACGUGCUUUCUAUUUUGUUAAAUUUUUAAACGGUGCUGCUAACUAAAAUGGGUAAAAAGAGUAAAGGCGGUGCCAAUUUGGGACGCCAGCUGAUCAAGGAUCGGUUUGGUUCCACACAGCGUCGCAAGGUGGACAACGAUACCAUGCUGCAUACAACAGAGUUGCAAGAUGGCUAUGACUGGGGCCGCCUGAAUCUGUCCUCGGUGACAGAGGAAUCUUCAUUCAAUGCCUUUUUACGCACAGCCGAAUUGGCGGGCACCGAGUUCCAGGCCGAGAAGCUAAACAUAACGUUUGUGAAUCCCAAGCAGCGUGUGGGCUUGCUUAGCAAGACACAGGAGCAGCUAAUGCAUAAGAAACAUGCCCAGCAUGUGGAUUCGCUUAAGAUACCACGUCGUCCCAAGUGGAACAAGGAUACAAGUGGCGAGGAGCUGGAGCGUGCCGAAAACGAGGCUUUUCUCAACUGGCGUCGUGAUUUGGCGCUGCUGCAGGAGGAGGAGGAAAUUCUGAUGACGCCGUACGAGAAGAACUUGGAGUUCUGGCGCCAGCUGUGGCGUGUUGUCGAGCGCUCGGACGUAGUUGUGCAAAUUGUGGACGCACGCAAUCCUUUAAUGUUUCGCAGCGUUGAUUUGGAGAAAUAUGUCAAGGAGGUGGACAGCAACAAAAUGAACAUGAUAUUGGUUAACAAGUCUGACAUGUUAACGCUGGAGCAGCGUCAGCAUUGGGCACAGUUUUUCGACGGCGAGGGCAUACGCACAGCCUUCUACUCCGCUCGCCAAGUGGAAGAGGAACUCAAGCGUGCAGCGGACGAGUCAGCGGCGCUGGAGCUGCAAGAGCUGCGCCAGGCAGCGGAGGACAUACAGCACUCCCUAGAUGCUGUGGAGCACACAUUAGAUGCCUUUGAGCGCAAGCUGCAGCCAAAGACAGCAACAGAUACAGACUCGGACACUAAAAACAGUCCGCACAUCCUGGAUCGCCUUCAGCUAAUUGAGUUUCUGCGAAAUAUCUACUCCGGACCGAGACACACAAAGCAACAUGUCACCAUUGGCAUGGUGGGUUAUCCCAAUGUGGGCAAGAGCAGCACCAUCAACUCACUGAUGACGGUGAAGAAGGUCUCAGUGUCGGCCACGCCGGGCAAGACAAAGCGCUUCCAGACGCUCUAUCUGGACAACGAUAUAAUGCUUUGCGAUUGUCCUGGUCUAGUUAUGCCCAGUUUCGUGCUCACCAAGGCUGACAUGUUGCUCAACGGCAUAUUGCCCAUUGAUCAGAUGCGUGAUCAUGUGCCCGCCGUGAAUUUGCUCUGCGAGCGCAUACCACGCCAUAUCCUGGAGGAUAAGUAUGGCAUUGUGAUAGCCAAACCCAUUGAGGGCGAAGAUAUGGAGCGUCCGCCACACUCCGAGGAGCUGCUGCUUGCCUAUGGCUACAAUCGCGGCUUUAUGACCUCCAAUGGCCAACCGGAUCAGUCGCGCUCAGCGCGCUAUGUGCUUAAGGAUUAUGUCAAUGGCAAGCUAUUGUUUGCCUUGGCGCCACCAGCGGUGCCACAGGAGGAAUAUCAUGUCUACCCCGAACGCCAGCGUAAAGCUAUCGAGGAAUCGCAGCUGCCCGCUCAACAGCAGCGUGCCAUGCGCAUUGAUAAAAGCAAUGCCAAGGAGCUGGACAAGCAGUUCUUUACUGAGAAGCCUAGCACAGCUCAUGUCAAGGGACGCACCAAUUUUCCACAUGUACGCCUAGCCAGCGAUGGCAGCCUGGUAGCCGGUGAGGAAGCCGGUCCAGCAGCCAAGCCCUGGCGUCAUGUCAAAAAGGAACGUCGCGAGAAGCUGCGCAAAAAGUUCUCUCAUCUGGAUGAGCACUAAGCGCUGCCAUUGGGUGUAUAUAGUACAUUGAUCAUAUAUAGGAUAACUAUGGAAAUAGUUGCCUGUUUGCUGUUUAUAAUUUAAAAUAGAAUUAUAGGACUAA